ACGAUAGCAAAAGUACUAAUCGGGACGUGGAAAUUAUUCCUUUAUAACUUAGUUUUCUGCUUAACAUCAAUUUUGGUGAAGUUCGGGGUAAAAUAAAGUAACAAAACUCAGGGUGGACGAUAGAUGGUGCAGAUAUGUCUUUCCGUGUGGUGCGCAGCAGCAAGUUCCGCCACGUGUACGGGACUGCUCUGAAACGUGAACAAUGUUACGACAAUAUAAGAGUGUCCAAGUCCUCAUGGGAUUCAACGUUUUGCGCCGUGAACCCGAAAUUCCUCGCCAUCAUUGUGGAAUCUGCUGGCGGUGGUGCCUUCAUAGUCUUGCCACACAACAAAGUAGGUCGAAUACCAGCAGAUUACCCUUUAGUUGGUGGACACAAAGGUCCUGUAUUAGACAUUGCAUGGUGUCCCCAUAAUGACAAUGUCAUAGCAUCUGGUUCUGAAGAUUGCGUAGUUAAAGUAUGGCAAAUACCAGAUGGUGGUAUUUCCAGGACAUUAACUGAAUCUGUGGUAGACCUUCAGUUACAUCAGCGUAGGGUUGGUCUUGUAUUAUGGCAUCCAUCAGCAUUGAAUGUGUUGCUCACAGCUGGAUCAGACAAUCUUGUCUUGAUUUGGAAUGUAGGCACAGGAGAGGCCAUAGUGAGAAUAGAUUGUCAUCCAGACAUGAUUUACUCUGCAUGCUGGAAUUGGGAUGGAUCCCGAUUAGUCACUACUUGUAAAGAUAAGAAAAUUCGAAUUUUGGAUCCAAGAACAGGAGAAAUAUUAGAAGAAGCUGUUGCACAUGAAGGUAGUAAGGCAACACGUGCAAUAUUUCUGAGGGGAGGCUUGAUCUUUACCACAGGUUUCAGUAAAAUGUCUGAGAGGCAGUAUUCACUGCGUGCCCCUGACAUGUUAGGUGAACCCAUAGUUAUGGUAGAAUUGGAUACAAGUAAUGGAGUUAUGUUUCCCCUGUACGAUCCUGACACGAAUUUAGUGUAUUUAUGUGGGAAGGGUGAUUCUGUGAUUCGAUACUUUGAGAUUACCCCUGAACCUCCUUUUGUUCACUAUAUCAAUACAUUUCAAACUCCUGACCCUCAACGAGGUAUAGGAAUGAUGCCAAAACGAGGCUGUGAUGUUAAUAGCUGUGAAAUAACUAGAUUUUAUCGGCUCAACAAUUCAGGCUUUUGCCAGGUUAUCUCUAUGACUGUACCAAGAAAGUCUGAACUAUUUCAAGAAGAUUUGUAUCCUGACACCCCUGGCGACACAGCUGCGAUUUCUGCUGAAGAAUGGGAAAACGGAACUGACGCUGAUCCUGUAUUAAUAUCCUUAAGGGAUGGGUAUCAGCCCUCGGUAGCCAAAAAUGAGCUCAAAGUGCAUAAGAAGUCGAACAUCUUGAGCAAAGGGGCAAAAGUUGCUUCUUCUAAUUCUGCACAAAAUGCAACACAGGCCUCUGCAGGCAUUACUGAGGAACUGUUGAAAGAAUUUACUGAGGAAAUAAGAAAAUUGAAAGCAGUGAUCGUGAAACACGAGGGCAGGAUACGGGUGCUUGAAUCCGCAGUUGCUCUUCAAAUGAAAGAAGAUGAGAGAAAAGAGAAGUCAUCUUCACCCACUGACAGAGAGGUGCUUGCAUCUGACGAGGUGUAAUUUCUAACUCAUAUUUCUAGCUCACAAGAAUAAUACGAAAGGAAAAAAAAGAAUGACUAAUUGUGUAAUAAAAAAAUGAUCAUAUAUUUUGAUAUAACAACUUGUGUAAAUAGUAGAUUUUAGCUACAUUGUGUGUCUUGAUCUUUUUUUUUUGGAUAAAGUUCCGAAAGGCCUCGGUGGCUGAUCGAUGCGAAAUUUGGUGGGGAGGUGGAGUAGUCCCCAAAUAUAAAAUAUUAGCUUCAGCUAAUCAUUAAUUUCCGGGAUAUUAGUAAAAAGCUUUCAGUGCUAUACAUUGAAACUGCGUAUACAGACAUUAUUAAACAGUGAGUGCUGCCUAUUCAGAUGUUACUAACCAGCCGUCUUCGUUGUAGUGGUCGUUGCCGUCAAGUGUUGAGUAUAGGCCCAGUAUCUAUAGGGUGAUAAUUUCAUCCAAAUAAGGCUCAUUGAACAAAGCAGCCACUGAAAGCGUGGAUUUUAAUCUAGCAUAAACUAAUUAUAUAUGUAAUCAUGUUGCCGAUCAGUCGAGCUAGAGCACUGUAUCUAAUAAUACCGCCAAAUAUCUAUCCGGCCGGCAAUAUCAGAACAGUCAUUGUUUCGUCAAAAUUUUACGUGGAACACUAUAGAUACUGAGGCCACUCAACAGUGAGGGUGGCAACCACUACAGUGAAGAUGGUUGUUAGUAACAUCUGGAUAAGUAGCAUUCAAUGUUUAGUAAUGUUUGUAUUCGCAGUUUUCAAUGUAUAGUAUUGAAAGUUUUUUAUUAAUAUCUCGGAAACUAAUGGUUGGCUGAAGCUAAUGUUUUAUAUUUGGCGUCGACCCACCCUCCUCCCCCUUCCCCCAAAUUUCGUGUCGUUCGGCCACCGGGACUUUCCGGAACUACACCUUUUUUUUUUGCAAUGACUUUUUGCUAUUUAUUGUACAUCCAUUCAUCAUACAUCCUCUGCAUUUGUACUAUGUUUACAUCUUUUAUUUUAUUAGAUUGUAGAGCCGACAUGUGACACCACCUAUUAUUAGCAUUAAGAUUUCGGAUGUUAUUUUGUCUAAUA